AUGAAGUUCAGCCUCUUCUCCGUCAUUGCUCUGGCCUCUUCGGCCAUGGCUGCUCCCGCCGUCCAGGUCCAGGCCAAGGCCGCUGGUGCCGCUGCCGAUGUCCACGCCCGACAGGUUCCCGCCGUUCCUGCUGCUGUCCCUGCCGUUCCCCAGGUUGUCAGCACCACCGUCAGCAAGACCGUUAUCAAGAAGAUCACCUCCACCAAGGUCACCAACACCGGAGGCGUUGUCAAGGUUCUGACCGUUGCCGUCGACGAGGUCACCGUCCAGGUUGGCACCAUCAAGGAGACCAUUAAGAAGGUCAAGUCCGGCGCUCUUGGCAAGGCCGCUGCCAUCACCCACAUCCACCAGAACGUCGCCAUCAUCAACCAGCUCCUCACCGUCGUUGUUGACCAGCUCAAGGAUGUUGUCAAGGUCGAGAUCGCUCUCCCUGACGUCAAGAUCAUUGUUGGUCUUGUCAUCAAGCUUGUCAACGAGCUCGUCGCUGUCGCCAAGGACAUCAUGAGCACUCUCGGUCUCGACAACAUCCUCGCCGCUGUCCUCAACCUCGUCUUCCGUCUUCUCGGUACUCUCAUCAACCUCGUCGCCAACCUCAUCGGCGAUAUCAUCCCCGGUGUUCUUGACAUCCUUACCGCCGUCCUCGACACCCUUUCCGGCACUCCCCUCGGCCCCAUUGUCCAGCCCGUCACCGUUGUUGUUGGUGGUCUCACCAGCUACCUUACCCAGGGCACGCAGGGUACCGUUGGUGCUUAA